AUGGGCGUGAAGCAGGUGCCGAAAAUGUCAGCGAGGGUAGUGAACGCCAUCAGAAAUCUCAGGGAGGCGCACGGUUCUACAUCAAAGGAGAUUAUGAGUUACAUCAAUUCACACUGCAACGUGCCCGAGGUGGCUGUACAAAGACAAAUGCAAGCAGCAUUGAAACGUGGCCUUGAGUACGGUAUCCUAAAAAAGAACAACGGACACUAUUUUUUGAACACGGAGGCGACCGAGCCGCAAUUAACGAUCCCGGUCGAGAGGAGUAGACGAAGACGAAGCCGUAGACGACGUAGCCACCGUCGACGAGGCAGUAGACGACGUAGCCGUCGUCGACGUGGCAGCAGGCGUAGGAGGGGCAGGAGGAGACGCAGAUCGCGGAGGAGGAGCGGCGCGGUGAGAUCCAGACGGUCAGGUUGCACCAAUUGCAGGUGCAUCAAGCGAGCCAGGGAAGCGAACGCACUGAGCAACAACAUGCUGGAUCAAGAGAUUCAGGCGCUCAACAUAUGCGCUUGCGAGAAAGAGAGCAACCUAGACAAUCGGAGCAGAGAGAGCAAGAGCUGCGACGACAGUCUGAGCCACAGUCGAUCAUCGGCCAACAGCGAUCGGGAUGGGCCGAUCGACGAUCAACAGGCGCUUCACGAUCAAGAUUAA